AUGAUGGUGCGGUUUGAAAUGGACUUCUGCAUCCAAUCACAAAUUGGUUGCUAUAACGGGGUGGAGCAACAACAGCGUGUUCUCUGCUCAGCCAUCCGUUCUCACUUCCACAUCCUCGUUUCUGUCCUUCGCGACAGCAGUAGCGAGUAUCGCGACCCCUGCGCCUCGCACCGCUGCUACCCAUCCAUGGCGGCCGCGUCGCUUCUCGACGAGAUCGCGGACGAGCUGCAGGCAUUAGAGGCCGUCUACCUCGACGACGUUCACGUGCAGGCGGAGAAUGCGGAGAUUUCGACCUCCGAACAGACCGAAGCACCAUCAGCGAAGGGAGGGGAAGGGGUGGUGGUGAGGAUCAGCGUGGCGUUGAAGCCGCAGACGGGCGAAGACGCGACGCAGCAGUUCGUGGAGGCCACUGCCGUGCUGCUCGUCUCCCCACAGUACCCCCUGUCCCCAGCAGUGCUGAGCCUGAGUGCAGUGAAGGGCAUGAGCGACGAGCGCGUGGCGGAGCUGCUUGCGCGCGCCAGGGCGUGGCUGGCGGACGCGCUGGGGCCGGGGGAGCCCAUGCUGCUGGCCGCGUGCGAGCAAGUGAAGGAGCUUCUAACAGCGAUGAACGAGCCUUCUGGGUGCUGCUGCUUCUGCCUCGAUCCAAUGACUUCCACCGCCACUUCUUCAUCUGCUGCUGCCUCGAAUCAUCCCAUCAAUGCCAGCAGCAGCACGGCUGGCCUUCCCCUGCUGUUCAAGCUUGGAGUCUGCUUCCAUUGCUUCCACUCUCAGUGCAUAAGGCAGUGGUGGCAGUGGGAGCUACAGCAGGCGAAGGCCAAUGAAGCUGAAAUGCGGAGAUGCAACCCACAUAUUGCAGUUCCCAAGCCAUCCUUCAGCUGCCCCAUCUGCCGCUCCACCCUGGCAGCAGACGACAUCGCUCGCCUCGAUAACCUCCUCGCCUCCUCUCCUCCCUCUCCUCCGUCCACAUCGUCUCUCCCAGCCUCCACCGCUCCAGAAUCUGAGUCAGGGCCGUCACUAGCGUCAUCAGCAGCAGCGGAGACAGCAGAGGUAACAGAGGUGCUAUGUGCAGAGGAUCAGGUUGAGAGGAGGAAGCAGUUUGAGGCUGUGUGGCAGCGGCAGCAGCAGCGGGGAGGCAUCAUAGAGCCUCGCUCAGUGCUGGACAGCAGUGCAGCAACCCAUGGAGGUCAACAGUCACUUCAACAGCACUCACAUGGUCGCCUCCAGUCUUCACAACCCGCUUCUCAGCAUUUUCCAAGCUCCCAACCUGUCGAAGCAUCCGCUGCUGUCGCGUCUUCUUCUCCUCCUCCUCCUCCUGCUCCUCCUUCUUCCUCUUCUCCCUCGUCUGUUCCAGGUGAAGCUGCUGAUGCUACAGCAGCUCCUGCAGUGGACUCUACGCAAGCAGGCGCAGGCGGUGCUGGGUCUGCAGCAGCAGCAGCAGAACCGUGCUCUGGCGGGCUAGUUCUCUUCCCAGCACUGCGCCUUGACCCCUCGCCUCCAGACAGCGUCUCUUGCAACCUGCCUGGAUCUGUAUCUGUACCGCAUAGCGAGCCUGGGUCGCUUUCCGGGUCAGGUGAGAUUCCAGGUGGGGGUUUUUGUUCUGUGGGUCGUGGACAGGGUAGGUAUGGGGAGCGAGGGAGAAGAGGGCGAGGGGGGAGAGAAGGACGGGGAAGUUGGAGAGGAGGGAGUGGAGGAAGGUUGCAUGGGGGAGGUGGAAGAGGAGGAGGAGGAGGGGGAGGAGGAGGAGGAGGAGGAGGAGGAGGAGGAGGAGGAGGAGGAGGAGGAGGAGGAGGAGGAGGAGGAGGAGGAGGAGGAGGAGGUGGUGGUGGUGUGGUGGUGGUGGUGGAGGAGGAGGCUUUCAUGAAGGGGGGAGAAGGGAAGGUGGAGGGCGGUGGAAAGGAGGAGUUGACAGCAGAGAAAAGGGAUGGGGAGAACAGGAAGGGAGGGGACAGCAAGAGAGUCGUGGCCGAGGGGGGCAAAGAGGAGGUCGCUUUGAAGAGAACAGUGGAAAGGGUGGGGAAGGGGCCGGGGGAAGAGGAUAUGGGGGCAGGAGAGGCUCGCGUAGGGGUCGAAGGGGUGAUGGGCAUGGGGGGAUGCAUGGAAGAGGCGGCAGGGGGAGGGUGA